AUGCCUCCAACAUUGCUGCUCAUCCGCCACGCGCAAGCGUUGCACAACGUCGCUGAUGACUGGUCCAUUCGCGAUCCUCCGCUCUCCGAACUCGGCGAACAGCAAUGCGCCGAAUUGCACGAGAGCCUGAAGACGAGCAGAAUUGGAAAUGAAGUUGAUCUCAUUGUUGCGUCUGCUAUGAGGAGGGCACUCCAGACUGCAAGCUUAGGGCUGGAUUGGCUGAUUAAAGAAAAGAACGUGACGGUCCUUCCUGAUGCGGGCUGGCAGGAAAAUGCUGACAAGCCCUGCGACACCGGAUCACCCAUCGAAGUCAUGUCCAAGGAAUUUCCUAACUUCGACUUCUCUGUGGUAGAUCCGCUCUAUCCUGACAAGACGACGAAUCUAAGCGCGAAUCCCUACGCGUUCACCCGAAGAGCCAUUGUCGCCCGCGGCCAAACGUGCUUGAAAGCACUCUACUCCCGCCCCGAGAAGGUUAUCGCUGUGGUCUCGCACUCAGGGUUCAUGCGCACGGCCAUUUGCAAUAGGCGCUUCUUCAACGCGGAUUGGAGGGUAUUCGAUUUCGACGAAGAGAAGAUGAAGCAGAGCAAGAAGAGGGGCGAGGGCGUGAACGGAGAUGGGAUGUAUUUGCUAAAGGAAUGGAAAGAAACCGAGGGAAAGGGGGGCGGGAUGGGCAGGAGCGAUGCGGGCAUCUUUGGGAUACUGCCGACGGAUUUCCCACCUGAGGUUGAGGAGGAG